AUGGCAGCCAGUUCCUCUUUAUGUCAUGACGAUUACACGGUCGGAUGGAUAUGCGCUUUACCCGUGGAGAUGGCAGCCGCAAAAUUAAUGUUGGACGCAAUACACCCGAGUUUACCCCGCCCGCCGACAGACCAAAACAACUAUAUCCUGAGAAAUAUCGGGGAUCACAACAUCGUCAUUGCCAGCUUACCAAGCGGUGCAUAUGGAAAUGUAUCAGCGGCCACAGUGGCAAUGCAGUUGCUCUCGAGCUUCCACUCCAUCCGGUUCGGUCUGAUGGUCGGAAUCGGUGGAGGUGUACCAAGCAGCAAGGCGGACAUUCGACUAGGCGAUAUUGUGGUGAUCCAGCCAGCAGACACGUCCGGAGGCGUGAUCCAAUACGAUCUGGGGAAAGCGUUGAGCGGCGGGCAAUUCCAGCGAACAGGGAUGCUGAACCGGCCACCUAAGGUCCUGUUGGCUACCCUCGCUACACUCCAAGCCCACCACCUCACAGAAGAUAGUCUAGUUCUUAAAUUCAUCUCAGAGGCCCGAGCCAAAAUGACGCCGCGGAUAGCUGCACACUUUGCCCGACCAACCAAAGAGGACCUCUUAUACCAAACGGAAUAUGAACAUGGAGUAUCUGAUACAUGUGUCGAUUGUGAUCGGUCUAAGCUGACUUCACGACCUUCACGCGAAUAUGGAGAGCCAGUGAUACACUAUGGACUGAUCGCAUCUGCAAAUCAGGUUGUGAAAGACGGCAGGCGGCGAGACCAGCUCGGCCGGGACCUAGGGGUUCUCUGUGUGGAAAUGGAAGCUGCGGGGCUCAUGAAUGACUUUCCUUGUCUGGUUGUUCGAGGUAUCUGCGACUAUGCCGACUCACACAAGAACAAAGAAUGGCAAGGAUAUGCGGCGAUGGUGGCAGCAGCCUAUGCUAAAGAACUUGUCUUGGUGGUUCCGAUUGAUCAGAUUCAAAGCACUCUAACAGCACGAGAUGCUCUCGUGGAUUCUGUUCGCCGCUUCAAUAUCCCUCUAGACCUCAACGCAGUUCCCUUGAUUUCAAACUUCGUGGGACGGCAAGGCGAGCUAGACAAUCUGUGGCAGUGUUUGCAACCAGAAGUCUCGCCGUCACGGAAAGUUGCAGUUCUUUACGGCCUUGGCGGAAUGGGAAAGACGCAGCUAGCGGACCGCGAGUCGCUCGUGCAAUCUUUGAGUGUUGCCUUGAGCCGAUUACCAGGACAGUCCUCGAGUAACGAAGCGAGUAUUGAUACAGAUGUGGAGCAACAAGCCAGGCAUAUGUUACGAUGGCUAGCAUUGGAUGGCAACUCUCGCUGGCUAAUUAUUUUUGACAACGUUGAUCAUGAUACCUCCUUCCACGGUGCAGACUCUGAUGAUUAUAACAUUGAGAAAUUUUUCCCAAACGCAGACCAUGGGUCUAUCCUGAUUACUUCUCGACUUCAGAGGCUAAGUGAUUUAGGGGAGCCUUUCUCAGUUCAAAGGCUUGACUCCGAAAGCUCGAUUGAGCUACUCCUACAAAGCAGUGGUUUAUUAACAAGGAACACCACUAGAAACUUUGACAGGAAUCCAGGUAGGAUCGCAGCUGAUGAAAUUAUCUUACAGAUCAUGCUGACAUAUGUAGAUACCCUUAGUCUUGCCAAUCGUCUGGAUGGUCUGCCUUUGGCCAUUGUGAUCGCCGGGGCGUUUAUGCGUGAAACUGGAACCAGCAUCACUGAGUACCUGCAGUACUACCAAAAGUCUUGGUCUGAGCUACAGCUACAAUCAAACCCUGGACGUCAGUACCAUCAAGGUAACAUUCUGCAAACAUGGAUGAUCUCAUAUCUUGCGAUCCAGAAACGAGACCCAAGCGCAGCAGACCUUCUUUUGCUACUUGCUCGUUUUGAUAAUCGUGAUAUCUGGUACGAGUUGGUGAAGUGUGCCCGUCACAGCUCAAACAUCCCGGACUGGCUCAACAAGGCGACAUCAAGCGGACUCGCGUUCAAAGCCGGCGUGAAGUCUCUCAUCGGAUUCUCGCUUCUGGACAGUAGGCAGCAAGAAGGAAGCUAUACGAUGCAUCCAGUGGUACAGGAUUGGUGCCAUUAUAUUGCCAACGAGAGCAAAGAUGUGGAUCAGAUACAGCUUAAUGAACUUGCAGUGAUAUCUGUUGGAUACUCUGUGCCUAGUGCAGAUACCAGGGACUAUUCAAAGCCUCAGCAACGGCUUCUUCCGCACGCUAAUUAUGUACGUCAUUUAGAUUGUUUAGAUGACAGUAUUGAGUUAUGGGGAGCAUUUCAUUGCUUAGGGGCCCUUUAUUUCAACCAGAGCAAACUGAAAGAGGCAGAAGAGACAUACCAGCGAGCAUUGGUCGGCUAUGAGAAGACACUUAGUCUAGAUCAUACGUCAACUCUGAAUACAGUCAACAACCUUGGAAAUCUCUACUUCGUUCAAGGGAAGCUAAAAGAGGCAGAAGAGAUGUACCAGCGAGCAUUGGUCGGCUAUGAGAAGACACUCGGUCUAGAUCAUACGUCGACUCUGAAUACAGUCAACAACUUUGGUCUUCUCUACUCCGAUCAAGGGAAGCUGAACGAGGCAGAAGAGCUGUACCAGCGAGUAUUGGCUGGUAAAGAGAAGGCCCUCGGUUCAGAUCGUACGUCAACUUUGAAUACAGUUGACAACUUUGGUACUCUCUACUCCGAUCAAGGGAAGCUGAACGAGGCAGAAGAGAUGUACCAGCGAGCAUUAGCUGGCAAAGAGAAGGCCCUCGGUCCGGAUCAUACGUCCACUCUGGAUACAGUCAAUAACCUUGGCAUUCUCUAUAAAGCUCAAGGGAAACUGCACGAGGCAGAAGAGAUGUACCAGCCAGAAUCGCCUGAAAUUUGGGAGGUCGCAAAUCUCAAUCAUCACCGGGGACGCUGCGCUAUGUAG